UAUUACAGCCGAUAUAAUUUAGUCAUUCUUCAUUCGUCAGCGACACGGUACGGACGGUGUUUUUUACAUUACUGAAAUCUUACGAAAAAUACAUUAAUCUUCGAUUAAAAGUGAUACAAUAAAAUUUUAUUUCAAACGAUUUGAUUUUGUGAUCGAUUUGAUUUGUGAAUUGAAAGUGAUGGUUGAACGAGAAAUCAUGAGAAAUAAAAAACAUAUUCACGACGUUCAACCAGCAACGAUAGAUGAACAUUUUCAUUUACUCUUACAUUGCAAAGAAGAAAUUGAUCCUAAUUUUACAAAAGUGACAGCAAAAGAUCUACCUGAAUGGUACGAUGAAGAUUUAUUCAAAAAGGGUCAACGAUUCUGUAUGGAUUAUUUAUUAGCAUUAAUUGCUGCAAAUCUAUCAGGUUUAAUAGCGAUAUUGGCCGUCCCAGAUAUAUUGGAGAUUCUUGUAGACUCGAAAAAUAAUGCCACGGUAUCUUUAUCCUACAAACGAUACGCUCAAACAACGUUGUAUAUGUAUGCACUUUAUAAAUCAGAAUUAUUAAGCUCGGAUUCGUUGUGGUUCAAGGCAAUAAAUGUCAUUCGAUGGAGGCAUGCGAAUGCUAGCAAAAAAAGAAUUCAGAAAGGUUUUAAUGGAAUAUAUCAAAAGGAUAUGGCAAUUACACAAUUCGGUUUUAUUGGAUACUUUUUUUUGGCUCCAAAAAAAUUGGGGAUCGCAAAUGCUGAAAAAUGUAUGUUAAGUUUUAAUCAUUUCUGGCAAGUUAUAGGGUAUUUGUUGGGCAUAUCUGACAGAAUGAAUAUUUGUAGAAAGUCGGUAACGGAAACGAGAAAAUUAUGUGAAAGAAUACAAAAUGAAAUAAUAGCAAAACACUUGAACGAUCCGGUUCCAAAAUUUAUAAAAUAUGUAACGAAUGUAACGGAAGGAAUGUGGCACAUAGAUGUAUCGAUCAAUUAUGACACUUUCAUGUAUUUCACAUAUGAUUUGACAGGGAUUAAAUAUAAGAAACCUCUCUCAUGGUAUUCAUAUUUGAACUUGAAAUACCGUCAAUUUAUAUUUUAUAUGUACGAUAAACCAUAUAUUGGCUUUGUAAUACGAAUGAUAUAUAAUAAAAUACUAAUAUUAAUGUUCUGGAUAGUUGAAAACUUUCCAAUACUAGCAUGGAUAUCAUUUGGAAAGAAAAAAAAAUCAUUAAAUCUUUAUCCAAAUCUACAGUAAUAUUAUUAUCAUAUAUAACUAUUAUAAAUUUCACUAUAUAAUUAUGAAAUAUUUUAUACGUGAAAAAUUAAUUGAUA